ACUCAACCUAUUCUAAGGCAUGGUCCCUAAUCCAGGCAACAUCCUUGUAAAUCUCCUUUCUAUGGUUUCCACAUCCUUCCUGUAGCGAGGCAACGAGAACUGAGCACAUAUUCCAAGUGGGGUCUGACCAGGGUCCUGUAUAGCUGCAACAUUACCUCUCGGCUCCUACAUUCAAUUCCACGAUUGAUGAAGGCCAAUACACCGUAUGCCUUCUUAACCACAGAGUCAACCUGAGCAGCUGCUUUGAGUGUCCCAUGGACUCGGACCCCAAGAUCCCUCUGAUCCUCCACACUAAACCAACAGGCGGGCUGGUGUCUCAUUUAUCCAUGGCUGAGUCCCUCCCUGCCCGUCGCCGGCAAGGCAGUUACUCUCAAUGCGAGACUCCUCACUGAAUCCGGCGAAGGCGGCCAGAGGCAACGCCCACAUCAUACUGGUCCUCAUCUUUGCUGGGAGAGGUGGAGACCCCCGCCCGUCACACACAGAUUCCAGAGAGACUCAGCGGACCGGGCAGCGUCUAUGGAGGGGGAAAGGGGGCUGUCCGUCUCUGGGAUCAACUCCGAGCGCCAGGACGCUUCAGGACCCCCCCCCCCCCCUCGAUUCGGCGGCCAGAGCUCCCGAUAUCAUCACGUGUUAACUGCUGACGGAAUGAAAGCCUCUGACGAUCAUUAAAAGUUGCAACAGGGUGGGCAUUAUGCUGCCUCUGCUGCUGUGGACUUUGCCCCUCCUGUGUCAGGGGGUCGCGGCACAGUGGAGCCGGACGCCGCUCACCUGUACCGACGCCUCUGAAUGCCCUUCCUACAUCACCGUGUGUCGGAACCUGGACUACGAGACUCGUGCCUACGCGCCCACUGUCUGGGUGGGCACACAGGUUCUGCCCACCGAGGGAAGGUACCAAUCCGUCCAGCGACUGAGGGAGUACUUCAACAAGAGAAACAGACCGGUGAUUCAGAUCGAACGGACUGCGCCCACUCUCACCAUGUACCAGAACGUGAACGACGUUCCCAGACCUAUCGCUGUGUUCACCUACCUCCCCCGCCGGUUCCUCUUCAACCCGCCCAUUCCUCGGGACGAGCUCGUCUACCUUACCCUGUCUCCGGCCCGGACGGUGUUCGUGCGGUUGGCCAGUCCCUUCCUGUUCAACGUUGAACGCACGUCCCAGGAGCUGUUCGAGGACCUGCUGAGGCAAGCGGAGGCUUUCGCCCAGGACCAUUUCUACGUGGCCGAGUACAGCAGCCCACUCCGCCUCUUCGGACGACGUAACGAGGUGUGGUACCUGGCCCUGGGAAUAGGCCGGUGUGACCCGGGCCCCGGGAGACCCUCGUUCCGGCUGUGACAUGAUCAGGAUUGGCCUGCCCACCCAGGAAUCUGACUUUCGGACAACAGCGGCCAGACGUGGGCAUACCCCGGGAGUGCUGGAGGGGACCACUGCCCCCGAUUCACAAUUCCCACUAUCUUGACCACCCUGUGCGGGACAGGGCUCCGGAUCUCUCGGGCUCCUCACCUGCGAACAGGAACGGGUGCGCGCAGUCGGGUGGGUUGGCCAGGGGAGAUGAUGGUUUCCCCUUUCUCUCCCGCCUCCUCCUUCCUCCCUCUUCCUAGACUCUCUCCCCCUCCUCCCUUCCAGUCCCCAUCUUCCCUCUCCCUCUCCCCUCCAUUCACCUCUCCUCCCUCUCUCUGUUCCCUCCCCCUCUCCCCUGCAUUCACCCUCUCCUCCCUCUGUCUUCAUCCCCCUCUCCCUCUCCCCUCCAUUUCCUCCUCCCACUUUCUGUCCCUAUCUCUCCUCCAUUCUCCCUCCUCUCUUACUGCACCCACCCAGUCUCUUCCCCCCAUCCCGGGAGUAGUAGACUUGCUGUAUGAAAAAGGACAUAACUGCACGAUGGGGGGGCAUUGACAAUGGAAGGGAGGGGAGGUGUGGGGGUAUUAAUCUCCGCCCCCCCCCCGAGGU